CUUCAUUUCGUCUCCACAGUGACGUGCAGCGCGGGCAGAGCUGCGCCUGUGACGAGUCAGAAACGUGCCCACAGGAGCUUUACGCACAGAAUGGAAGGAAAUCAGUCGUUUCGAUGCAGCCGUUUUAAAAACAGAUAAUAAAGAAUCAGUUUAAUAAUUAAAUCAAUCUGAUAUAAAGUUUAAAAUCAUCCAAAUUAAGAGUGUAACACGGAAGAGAAGGUGAUGGGGAAACGAAAUCACCAGCAGCCAAGAGCAUGGUUUUAAACUUUGUGGGAUCCACAGUGAAUAACUUUUGAUUCUACAAUGCACAAGAGAUGGACCCGUCGGAGGCUGCAGGUCCUGAUUUUCACCUUCUUCAUCGUCCUCUUCGUGGAUCUUCAAUUACGCACCAGUGACCCCCCCAAGCUCAGUGUGGUCCUCGAUCCGCCAGCCGGUGCGCCGCACCGCGCCAUCCAGGAGGCUGCCUCCGCGGCCAAGGGCGCACUGAGGCCGGCCAGGGGCAGCAGCAGGGAGGCUGGACACCCGACCACUGAGGGGGCUCCUGUCACUCAGCCUACACUGAGGCAGGAGGACAUCUUCAUCGCUGUGAAAACCACCGGCAGGUUCCACAAGACGCGUCUGGCGCUCCUCGUGGAGACGUGGAUCUCAAGAACCAAGGAGCAUACCUUCAUUUUCACCGACGUGGAGGACGACGACAUGAGUUCAGAGGGCUACAACGUGGUGGUGACCGACUGCCAGUCCGAUCACAGCCAGCAGGCUCUGUCCUGUAAGAUGUCCGCUGAGUACGACGGCUUCAUGUCCUCCGACAAGAGGUGGUUUUGUCAUGUGGACGAUGAUAACUACUUGAACCCGGAGGCCCUGGUCUCCCUGCUCUCCUCCUUCCCCCAGGAGGGCGACAUCUACGUGGGCAAACCCAGCCUGGACAAGCCCAUCACUGCUCACGAGCUUCUGGAGGGCAACGCAACGAGGGAGGUUCGAUUCUGGUUCGCCACUGGAGGAGCUGGUUUCUGUCUGAGUCGAAGACUGGCGGAGAAGAUGGCUCCAUGGGCCAGUGGCUCCCGGUUCGAGCAGACGUCAGCGACCAUCCGUCUCCCUGAUGACUGCACGGUGGGCUUCAUCGUGGAGAAGAGACUCGGCGUCUCCAUGGUUCACUGUCCUCUGUUCCACUCGCACCUGGAGAACCUGCUGCUCGUCACCCAAAGAAGCAUCGCACACCAGGUGACACUGAGCUACGGGAUGUUUGAGAACAAGAUGAACAGCAUCGAGGUGAAAGGGAGCUUCACGAAGGAGGAGGACCCGUCCAGGUUUAGGACCGUCCACUGCCUGCUGUACCCGUUGUUCACCAGCUGGUGUCCCUGAGCUCCACAAGGAAAGACUUUCACAAGCACAUGGGACAAACGGCCGCCGGCCCCUCCUGGAUGAGGAGCUCUUGAAUUGUGAAUACUGCUGGACUGAAGGAUGAAGACAUGAUGCCCACUCUUCGUCCCUGUGUCUACAUUCAUACGACUACGUAUUCAUUUUGAAAGAAAACUAUUUCUAUAGUUGGAUUAAUCUGCUUGGAUUAAAUAACACAACGAGGGAUCAUCAAUAAUGAAGACUGAGACGUUGAGUCCAUCGGGACGGGAGCUCACGUUGUGUCCAGACGUCUCCCUCAAACCUUUCAAACUCAAACAGGUUCAAGCAGCAGUCGUUUUCUAACUUCCCCAUUUUGUAUUUGUUCUUCUGGACUGAAGCACUUCACUUUUAAUUUUUGUCCGCAAAGUUUUGAGUUUAUUUCGUUGAGAAAUGGACAAAAUGAGAUUGUACUCGAUUUAAAAUUUCACAAAAAACU